UGUCAUUGUCAAAAGUGUCGAACUACUAUACUUACGCUUGUUUUUCCGGGUGUGUCCAAAUAAAAUUUCAAAUUUAUUAUAACUGUAUAUAAAUUAAUAUGAAAAUAAUAUAUUAAAUUAUACUUAUUUCUCCUUAAGUUUCUAAAAAUGUUAUUAUAUACAUUUUGUGUAAUCAUCUCUGUCCUAUCGAUUGCCAAAGCAGCCAAAUAUGCUAUUGUAACGAACUCUCUAUCAGAAAGAACGAAAGUAGAAGGGCAAGACUUAGUAACAUGGUGCACUGUUUCUGUACUGGAGCAACAAAAAUGUGAAAAACUGAUGAAGACAGUAAUAUUAGACAAAGGCCUAUUUGGAGAUGAUUAUAUCGAGAUACAGUGUAAACAGGGAUUUGACACUGAAGAAUGUAUGUCCUUGGUAGAUCAAGGAAAAGCUUCAUUACUGGGUCUAGAUGCAGGAGAAGUCUAUGUUGCAGGCAGAUUCCAUUCACUUGUGCCAAUUGCACAAGAGCUCUAUGGUGAAGGGGAACCUUACCAAUACUCUGUAGCAGUAGUGAAAAGAGGCAGUCUUCCCGACAUACAACCUGGUGCAGGAUUGUAUGCAUUGCGAGGAGUAAAAGCCUGCUUCCCAAAUGUUGGUGCAUUGGCAGGCUGGGUUAUGCCUGUACAUGUGUUAAUGCAAGAAGGUGGUCUCAAGAUAACAGACUGCAACAAUCAUGUUAAAUCUGCCACUGAGUUCUUUGGUGAAUCGUGUGCGCCUAACUCACUUAAGGAUCUAUACAACCCUAUUGGUGAUAAUUCUGAUAAAUUAUGCAAGCUGUGUUCCGGUGGUGCAGGCAUUCGAUGCACUUUGGCCGACCCAUAUGCAGGUUAUGAAGGAGCUCUCAAGUGCCUCAUUGCAAAUGGCACUGGGGAAAUAGCCUUUGUGAAAGACACCACUUUACAGCACGCUUUGCUCUCACAAAAGAUUCUUGGUGGUGUAACGGAAGAUCAAUUCGAACUGAUAUGUCGAGAUGGGUCCCGCGCGCCCGUCUCGCAGUCGGAACACUGCAAUUGGGGUAAAGUACCAGCCGACGCUAUUGUCACUAGUAGCGCUGCUGCCAUCAAACAACGAGAGAGAUACCAGAGACUAUUAAACAAGUUGGUUGAAUUAUAUGGAGAACCUAAUCCUCUAAAUAAAGCGACAAAUCACACUAAUGGCUACAGAAACAGAGACUUAUUUGGAAACCCCAUAUUUUCUACAUCAGAGUCACCGCGAUAUCCUUAUGAUUAUAGGAGAGAUAAUGUGAACAGAAAUAAUUAUGGUGAUGACACAAGUACGGUGUCGCCUUUCCAUCAGCGUAUUGACGAAUCUGGUCGUCCCAUUGAACUGCCAUUCCAGCUCUUCAGAUCCAAUGGCACCACAGAUCUCAUGAUACGGGAUGCAACAGUGAACUUUCGAUUCCUGAAAGAGGAAGACCAAACCGCUAAACAUAUCCUAAAUAACAAUUAUUUGGGCAGUCAAGCAGAAAAGGCUAUACUAGGAAUCAUGGACUGUCCGGUGAAACGAGCCGUGCUUUGUGUCACAAGUGAACCCGAGAUGGACAAGUGCUUCAAAAUGUCGGGCGCGCUGAAAGCAGUAUUGCUGUCGCCGGCGCUGUCAUGCUGGCGCGGCCACAGUACGCGACACUGCGAGCGCGCUGUCGCUGAAGGAACGGCUGACUUCGUGCUGCUCGACGCCGCCGACAUGUUGCAUGCCGCCUACAGACAUCGGCUCGUACCCUUCAUGCAAGAGAUAUACUCAUCAGGUGAUAACUGGUACUACGCAGUAGCUGUAGCAAAGGAACAGGAUCCCGAUACGGAUCUUACAUAUUUACGAGGCAAGAACACGUGUCACACUGGUAUUGGUAUGGCAGCUGGGUGGGUGUACCCACUCGCCUACCUUAUAUCUAACGGAUGGAUCCGACCAUACGGAUGCGAUGGCACGCACGCUGCCUCGGAAUACUUCAGCAAGUCGUGUGCCCCCGGCGCGCUCAGUUCGGAAUACGUGGACAGCGGCUCCGUACCACGCGACAACCUGUGCCACCUGUGCCACGGCGCCUCCUACAGACGGUGUAGACGCGACGCAAGCGAGCCGUACUACGGGCAUGUGGGCGCACUGCGGUGCAUGGUGGAGGGCGGCGGCGACGUGGCGUUCGUGCGGCACACGGCGCCCGCCGAGGCGGCCGGCGGCCGCCGCCGCGAGUGGUGGGCGCGCGAUCUGCUGCCCGACGACCUGCAGCUGCUCUGUCUAGAUGGAACUCGAGCCAAAAUGCACGAGUACAAACAUUGUAACCUGGGCAGGGUACCAGGUUCUGUACUUAUGGGGAGACCUAAUCAUACAGAAUUGGAUACAUAUUCCAAUUUAAUGGUUUACGCUCAACAGUUAUAUGGAUCUACUACGUCUGACGAAUUCAGCUUCAGCAUGUUCUACUCGCCGCCGCCGUACGCGGACCUGAUCUUCAGCGACGCAGCGGUCCGCUUGCGGCGCGUUGCGCACGCGCAGCGGUCGGCGGCGCUGCUCGCCGGCCGCGCCCUGCCGCGCGCCGCCCGCCUCGUGUCCUGCGACGCGCCGCCCGCCGACCACUACAUCGCCUCCGACCCGGAUUUCCUCUCACACGCGCACACCGCAUGCGCUUUUCGAUAUCUGUUAGUAGCAAUGUUACUGUUUGCCUUCAUGUGAUGAAUCUUGUCAUUCGAGUGUAGGUAAAGGAUGUAUUACAAGUAUAUAGGGUCAUAUGUGUAUUUUAAAUUCAUAAAUACAGACUGAUGACGACAUACUGUAUACUACAAGAGUUUACAAAUAAAACUUACUAAUACUACUACUGCCUAUAUUGAAAGUGCAUAUCCAGCGUAGUAAAUUGUUAAAAUAAUUUAAGUAUGAUCAUAUAUAUUUGAUAGUAAUAUAAUACACACAGGUCUAGUUUUUAAUUUUAGAAAUAAUAAAUAAUAGACAAGCGACGAGUUUUCAGCUUGUUCACAUUAAGUAGAUUGACAAUUUUAAACCAAAUAGGCAAAUCUUCUUACUUCUCCUAAUUCUCCAAGUUUUAUUUUGUGACUGCUAUGAGCAUUGUUUACUUAACUGCAUUUGCAAUUUUGUAUAAUAGAAAUUCUUACAUUGUUCUUAGUAUAAACUUAUCUGGUUCUAAGUUUUAGCUUUUGUUCUUUUGGUCUAGAUUCACAUUUAUAGACAAGACUAAUGUUAGAAACAUUGUACAAUAAAAACAUAUAAAAAUACUUAGUGCAUACUGUCAGUACGUAUUUUUCCCCAAUCUUAAAUUUGAGUUUUUUGCCUAUGGCAUACCAGCAUUUAUAUGGAUGCACUGAUUCCAAUACGAGUUUUUUUUUUUUUAUUUAAAAAUGUUUUUUACCAAACAAGCAUAUGUAUAUUUGAUAAAUUAGAACAGCUUAUCAACUAGGAUUAAAUACGCGUAUUGAAUAUUACAGCUACAUAAAAUUUGGACUUUUAUGCUUUACAUAAGCUAGGAAAUUCCAUAUUUAAACUAUCUAAGAUUUGUGACGACCAGAUAAUAAGAGUUGAUAGUGUAUUAAAAGACGAUAAAUUCUACCAACAGUCUCGUCUAUAAUAUUGACAUGUUCUUACUACUUACAUUUCUAAUUUUAUGUUUACUAAAUAACAGAGAAAAUCAAACCUACAAUAAUGAGUAUUCAAUGUGCAUUUGAUAAUUAUAACUGUGCUUAUGAUGUCGUUAUUGCGAUGAUUUUUUUAUACUUUUCCGUGGAAUAAAACAUUUACUUUAUGAAACAAUAACUAACGUUUAAUACAAUAACAGAUAGUAACCCUAAUUAUUUUCAAGUACUAAUCACCAAAAUUUAAUGAAAAUACAUUCAAUAAUCUUUGUGAUGGCGCAUAGACAUGAUCUGAAAAUAUUAUAGUUUUUUUAUGUUUAUAGAUACCUAAUUAUAUCUUACUGAUAAUUAGUUCUAUGAUUAUAAUAAUUAAAUAUACUUAAUUGUAAUUACUAAUACUUUCUUAAGUGUUUAAUAUGUAUUACUAAUUUUUAAACAUCAACUUGUUAGUAAAAGUCAACAUAUUGAAAUUUCAUAUUUUUGUCAGUUCCAAUAAUUUUAUUGUAUAAGAUUUUGUAAUAUUUAUUUGUCACCAAGAUCAUAAUACGGUAAAUAAAAAAGCCUUAGUGUUUGCAUAGCAUAGUAUAUUUGGUAACAUUCUGGUUUCUAUUAUUAAUAUAAGUACCUGUUUUACAUCUUACUACUAGAUUUUAGUACAAGUUUUUGUAUCAGUACAAACAGCAUAAAAUCGGUCAUUUGGAAAGAUAAUAUAUCCUAAUAGUAAAGGCUAAUUUCAGCCCACUGUGUGUACUUUAAAAAAAACAUGAUAAAUCAGCUGAUAUUUAACAAACAUAUCCUAUGUAUAAAGAUCUUUUGCUCCGUCCAACAAGUGCCUUAUUAUUUUUCUUUAUGAUUUAAAAUAUAUUACAUAUAAGCUUUAUUAUUUUCUAUUUUAGAUUUUAAGACUAUUUUUUUUUAUAUUAUUAUACCUUAUGUAUUAAAUACAGAUUAUAAUAUCAAUAGUAGUUAACCAUAUUAUACAUGAACGUCUCAUAUUGAUGAUGUAAGAUCUGGAAUAACUUUCUAAAUAAAUCAUUUUGUGUAUUUUUUAUAUAAUACUAAAUGUUAUACUCGAAUUAUAGAAUCUCAUGCAGAUUUUGCAUUGCAGCUGUCCAUUUUAAAUAAGAAUGUUUAUCCAUUCCAUAUUGUAUUUUAGCAAAAUAUUUUAUAUCCGUCUAUGAAAAUAUUUUAGACUGAAUUUUUAAAAUAAAACUUGUGAGUCACUGA